GGAUCCCGACCUGCUCGGGAGUCAGCGCAGAGCGAGGCAGCCGCGGCAGCAGCAGCACCAGCCGCCCGAGCCGGCCGCCGCCGCAGCCCCGAGAUGUGCCGCCCCGCCUGCUGGGUCGUCUUCUCCGCCACCACCGCGCUGCUCUUCAUCCCAGGAGUGCCCGUGCGCAGCGGAGAUGCCACCUUCCCCAAAGCCAUGGACAACGUGACGGUCCGGCAGGGGGAGAGCGCCACCCUCAGGUGUACCAUAGAUGAUCGAGUCACCCGUGUGGCCUGGCUAAACCGCAGCACCAUCCUCUAUGCUGGGAAUGACAAGUGGUCCAUAGACCCUCGUGUGAUCAUCCUGGUCAACACACCGACCCAGUACAGCAUCAUGAUCCAGAAUGUGGAUGUGUAUGAUGAGGGCCCGUACACCUGCUCCGUGCAGACAGACAACCACCCUAAAACUUCCCGGGUUCACCUCAUAGUGCAAGUUCCUCCCCAGAUCAUGAAUAUCUCCUCAGACAUCACUGUAAAUGAGGGGAGCAGUGUGACCCUGCUGUGUCUUGCUAUCGGCAGACCAGAGCCAACUGUGACAUGGAGACACCUGUCCGUCAAGGAAGGCCAGGGUUUUGUGAGUGAGGAUGAAUACCUGGAAAUCUCUGACAUCAAACGUGACCAGUCUGGGGAGUAUGAAUGCAGCGCCUUGAAUGAUGUGGCCGCACCUGAUGUGCGGAAAGUAAAAAUCACUGUAAACUACCCUCCCUAUAUCUCAAAGGCCAAGAACACUGGUGUGUCCGUUGGUCAAAAGGGUAUCUUGAGCUGUGAAGCCUCUGCAGUGCCUAUGGCUGAAUUCCAGUGGUUCAAGGAAGAUACCAGGCUAGCCACCGGCCUGGGCGGCGUGAGGAUUGAGAACAAAGGCCGCAUAUCCACUCUGACUUUCUUCAAUGUUUCAGAAAAGGAUUAUGGGAACUAUACUUGUGUGGCCACAAACAAGCUUGGAAAUACCAACGCCAGCAUCACACUGUAUGAAAUAAGCCCCUCAUCAGCAGUGGCAGGGCCUGGAGCAGUCAUUGAUGGUGUAAACUCGGCUUCUAGAGCACUGGCGUGUCUCUGGCUAUCAGGGACCCUCUUUGCCCACUUCUUCAUCAAGUUUUGAUAAGAAAUCAUAGGUCCUCUGAGCAACGCCUGCUUCUCCAUAUCACAGACUUUACUCUACACUGCGGAGGGCAAACCAGUUUGGGCUUCUUUUUGUUUGUUUCUGUUCUUCUUCUUGAUUUUUUUUUUGGGGGGGGUUGACUUAUUUGAUUUUUUUUCCUCCAGUUUGAAUACGAGUGGGGUUGGGAGGAGGGGUGGGCAAGAUUCUACCAUAUGUAGGAUAAUCAUUCAUUGGUGUGUCCAAAAAUGGAAUCUGUCCCUGCUACCUUGGCCCUUCCCUUUCUUCUGCUCCUCUUCCCAUCAUCAUCAGUACCAAACUCCCCCCAACCCCACCAAACCAUAAGCUCCAUUUGGGCAAAAACGUGCCUCAUGAGAAACACCCUGAAGACACAACUUGACUUAUAAUGUAGUGCACAGCAAGAAUUAUAUCCAAGUGUCCUAUUAUCUGUGUCUUUUAAGCUUUGGGCCAUUUUCCUUAUUAUAAUGUACAUAUCCCUCCCUCCAUGCUUAUUAUUAUCUAAUUACAUUCGGGUUCACAUCCUUUCUUUCUGGGAAGAUAUCUCAUCCAUAUAUAUAUAUAUACACACACACACACACAUACAUACAUACACAUACAUGUACAUAUAUACAUACUUAUAUACAUAUGUAUGUGUAUGUGUGUAUAUAAACAUAUAUACACAUAUGUG